GCGUACUGUUGCUUAACUGUUUCAAAGGUUGUGUACGCGGAUUCCACUUUCCGGGAACACAGUGUUAUUGUCAGGUUAUUAUACGUGAGAGAAGAGACCGGCUCGAAUAAUUUCAGCUGGGGUUCAAGGAUCGAGUCUGUGCAGAGUUCACACAGACAGACAGACAGACAGUGUGUGAAGGUGAUGGCACGGUAUGUGGGUAUAGCAGCAACAGGAUGAGCGGUGGAGCCCUGGGUAUCGAGAUUGUGCUGGUCUUCUUCCUGCCACUAUUUCUCCUGCAUCGCUAUGGACACUUCCGCAAGCAGCACCCACUGGUGCUGUUCGGGACCCUCCUGUCCUGGUAUCUCUGCUUCCUCAUCGUCUUCAUCCUUCCCCUGGAUGUCAGCACGACCAUAUAUAACCAGUGUAAGAUUGACAACGAGAAACCCAGAGCUCUGACCAGUUCAGACCCCUCUAAUCAGACAUCCAACUCCUCUGUCUUCCCUACAAGCACACCUAAAGUAUGUCACAAGCCAUGGAGCUAUAUUCCUGAUGGAAUUCUGCCAGUGUUCUGGCGCGUGGUCUACUGGACCUCUCAGUGUCUGACCUGGCUGUUGCUCCCCUUCAUGCAGUCCUAUGCAAGCUCUGGGGGCUUUUCUAUCCCCGGUAAGAUUAAGACGGCCCUUAUCGAGAACGCCAUCUACUAUGGCAUCUACCUGGUCAUCUUUUGCUCCUUGCUUAUCUACUUGGCUGUCCAUCCCCAGUGGCAGCUAACCUGGCAGGGCCUGCAAACCAUUAGCAUCGCAGCAGCAAACACCUGGGGGCUUUUCCUCUUGGUGCUGUUGCUAGGUUAUGGCCUGGUGGAGAUCCCGUGCUUGUACUGGAACUCCUCUCGCCACGGUUACCUGUUGGCCAAGACCUACUUCAAGGCGGCCAAGCUGGCGAAGGAAAAGUCAGACGCCGAGGAAAACAUGGAUGACGCCAUGGAGGAGGUGACAAAUGUCAACGAAUCAAUCGGGUACGGUCACCCCCUAAGGAUCAGCAUUGACACUAUUUUGAGAAAGUGUCCCAUGGAAAUCCAGGAGAAAAUGGUGAGGCUGAACACGGAGGACAGUGAGGAUGAAAGCACACAGAGGACCUAUCCUUCCAAAAGGAGCCUAGUGAAGCUUCAUAAGCAAGUGAUCUGUGCUGGCCAGAGACACAGUCAAACCCAGGUCCAGUGGGCGAUCCUUCUGGAAGAGGCCUUCCAUUUAGAGGACGUGUGUAAGAAUGAGACCAGUACCUCCCAUCAGUUUGUCCAUAGUUUCCUCUCCUCCCAGCCACCCGGCUGGCUCAGCAAAUACCUGUACACGCCUACCAUAGAGUGGUACUGGGAGUGUGUGCUGCGACAGUGGUGCUACCGGCUGCUGGCACUACUGCUGUCUCUACUCUCUGUGGCUGUGGUGUGGUCUGAAUGCACGUUCUUCAGCACACAUCCUGUCCUCUCUCUCUUCGCCAUAUUCAUCCAGUUAGCAGAGAGUGACUACAACUACUUGUACAUAGAGAUGGCGUGCUUCCUCACUAUUUUGUUCCUGUGUGUUUGUGUCUACUCCACCGUGUUCCGCAUCCGAGUCUUCAACUACUACUACCUGGUACCUCAUCAUCAGACAGACGCCUACAGCCUACUGUUCAGCGGAAUGUUGUUCUGUCGACUGACUCCUCCGCUGUGUCUCAACUUCCUGGGUCUCAUCCACAUGGACGCCUCCAUUUCUCACCAGCAGAGAAUAGAGACAGCAUACACCACAAUCAUGGGCUCUAUGCGUCUCCUCUCCUUCAUAGCAGAUGGUUUCUACAUCUAUUACCCCAUGCUCAUAGUCCUCCUCUGCAUCGCCACCUACUGCAGCCUGGGUACCCGCUGUCUCAACCUCCUGGGGUUCCCACAGUAUAUUAGUCAGAGCGAUGACUUGACCUCUGAGCUGGUGGAAGAAGGCAGAGAGCUUAUCAGAAGAGAAAGAAGAAACAGACAGAGAAGCGAGGAUGCGGAGAGUCGGAAACGAGGAUGGAGAGAGCGCUAUGGAGAACAGCGAAAUGUGAGGAGGAGCAGAAAUGGUUAUUCGGAGUUAAAGGACAACGACUCUCCCUCAGACAACAGUGACACUGCCCAGUUGACUAGGAGAGAGAGCAGGGAUCACACUGGGCUACUUCAGGACGUGGACACCACAAGCCUAGAUCCUAGUGAUUCUCCAACCCAGAGGUACGCAGGAGGACGUUACCUCUCCCUGGCGUCCUCUCCGACACACAUUUUCAACAAUGUCUGAGUGGAGCCCCUGCUCAGAGGCUGUGGGACUGAACUGACCUUUCCUCAUUGCCCACAUGGCUGCUAGAGUUCCAUGGAUAUUUUCUUCUUCUCUUUUGUCCUUUAGCCUGUUUGUCUGGAGAUAGAUAUUUAUUUAAUGCACAUUGGGGGAUCAUAAGGAAUAAGAUAACAUGGACCAGGGGGUCCUGAUCUGAGAUCAGCACUCCAACUGUGGUUCCAGUAGUGCCCCGAGAACAAAACAUUGUCUGACCUCAGGAACAACUGUAACUUUUAACCUUAGGAACAAGGGAUGCAUUAGGGCCCCUGACCAAGUGCUUACCUUUUCUCCCCCUCCUUUGAUUUCCGUUUGUGUUUUUAGAACCCAUUCAUUUUGUAACGACGACUCAGUCAUUUUAUUUGACCUUUAUUUAACUAGGCAAGUUAGUAAAGAACAAAUUCUUAUUUUCAUUGACAGCCUAUGAACAGUGGGUUAACUGCCUUGUUCAAGGGCAGAACGACAGAUUUUUACCCUGUCAGCUUGGGGAUCUGAUCUUGCAACCUUUCGGUUACUAGUCCAACGCUCUAACCACUAGGCUACCCUGCCACUCAUCUCACAAUGCCUCUUUUUUUGCCAGGGUAUGUACGAGUUUUUAGGGUACAAUGAUAAUACAUGUCUUCUUUCUAGGAGAUUUUCCUGUGCCUUGAUUUUUCUGAAGUCAUAAUGGAUGUGCACCCUAGUGUUGCUCCAUUUUAAAUGGUUUUAUUUCCAUAAAUGCUGUAUAUUUAAAUAUCGAUGUCCUUUUAUAGAUGUACUGUCGUUUUUUAAUCAACAAGUACUGACUGCACUGUUGUUUUUCCUCAAUAAUAACUGAGCUCAGUGGUGUUUGAUGCUUGGACCUUAAGGGUGAGGAUGGUGUGAACCAUGUUAACCAGUAAGAACUGUGUGAGUCAAGGUUUGAUUAUGUAAAAUCCCCCAUUAUAUCUCAGACCCAGUUUCAAUAAAUCAUCCCCCCCCCCAAAAUAAUUGUGAAACUAUUUUGUCAAAUAUCAAUUCAAUUAAAAGGUAUGUAUUUGUAAAUUAAUUUUGACCUAUAUUAUUAUUGAUGGUUUAUGGUGAUGACGGAAUGAUUUGACCUCCUCAUACCUGCUACUGAGAGACUGCAGGUCUUGUGCUUGCAGACUGGGUCUGAGUCAGACUGAAACUAGAUAAAGAGAAGUAACCACUGUCUGGUUUUGACAUGUUGAUCUCGAGUGACAGUAGACAAUGCUAAUGAAUUCAGAGAAGCUACUGUACUAGGUUGCCUUAUACGGUAACCUCAGCUUAUUGAUACACACAUACGUUGAUGUAGGUGAUCACACCAACAGGGAGUGAACACGUGUAUAAAAUCAGCUGUGCCCUUAGGUGGGGUGCAGAACUUACUCUGAAACAUGUGUGCCAUGUUCCCGUUGUCAACUUGUCUGCAAUUGCAUUAAUAAAGGGUUUUGAUUUAUUUA